UAAGCAUGUCGGGAUGUAGUGCAUACGAAUUGAUAGCCAUUAACUCGCCAGGAUUAGCGCUGCAUUGACCAAAAGAGGGGAAAAUCAUGGCCCAUUGAGUGGAUGACAGUGAGACCGUGAGACGCGAGAAGACGUGAAGACCAACAAAGCAAAGCACAAGCCCCCCCAAACAACAGCAAGGAAGCAAGUGAUGGCCUCUUCCUCUUCAUCUGCGCGUGUGAACAACAAAGCUGCCACCGCCGCUCCUCCUUUUGCUGCUGCCGUCGCUGCUUCUUCUUCUACUGCUCCUCCUGCUGCUUCUUCUUCUUCUGCUCCAGUUCCGUCGCUGGGUGAUUUAAUUGGCCACCAGCUGCGACAACUCAAUCGGGAGGAGCUCCACUAUAAAGAUGAACUGCAAUUGCUUCUGCUUCUAACGCCAGUGCAACGGCAAAAACUCAAUCGGGAGACGGACGGCGAUGGACAGAAGGAUUGCAAUGGCGGCGACACUAUGGCCGCCAGCACAUCGGCGCCACUUUCCAGGCCGGAGUAUGGCGGGGAAGAGGAUGACGACCUGAUUGGGGCGGUGGGCGGUCUCAGUAUUUCAUCCCCAACACCAGCAACAACAACAACAACAACGACGAAGGAGCCGCUGUUGGAUUUUAGAACACAUGUACUCAAAUGGUUUCAACAUCUACGCCACCAAACGGGACACUUUAAGUCGGAGGAGGAGUCGCGACGUCUGCGCGAGGCCGGCAAUGACUCAUACCGCAAGGAGAAGCAUCCGCUCAAGGCCAGCGAUCUGUUCACAGAGGCCAUCUUCCUGGCCCCGGCGAGGAAUACUCUGGCCGCCGCCCUGGCCCAUGCCAAUCGCUCACUGGCUCUCUACGAUUGCGGUCUGUAUGCGGAAUCCUAUGAUGACUGCCUGUGCGCCCUGGAUUUGGGCUAUCCGGAGGAGUAUUUGCCAUUGAUAAAGCUGCGGCAAGCCGCCUGUGCCUUAAAACUGCGCAACUUUGCGCUCUGCGAGGAGCAUCUGCACGAGCUCCUGCACAUCGAACUGAACCAGGUCUUCGAGACGCGCACCCACGAGCUCUGGCAUCAGUGCGAGGUGCUCAAGGUGGAGCGUUUCGAGAUGGCUGUGCAAACGGGCGAUGAUCUCGAAACCAACGACAUGAAAGCCUUUGAAAUUGCCUGGUUGGACAACUCCUCGUCGCUGCAUAGCACCCGUGCCCUGGCCAGGAAUGCCCUCAUCUUCGAGUCCGAGGCGGUGGCCAUGGUGCCGAGUGGCAAUUGUCGGGUGUGCGACUACUGUGGCAUCACUCAGUUCAUUCCUUUUCCCUGCAUUUACUGCUCCAACCGCCUGGUUGUCUACUGCUCGCGUCAGUGUCGCGUCAAGCACGCUGCCAUUCAUUCCGUGGAGUGUUUUGGCCAUCAAAUCGAACUGUUCGAGUCCUUCGGCGAAGUCUUUGGAAUGCCGCGUCUUCUGCAGCUGGCCCUGCGAAUGCUGAUCACAGGACUGCCAGAGCUGCUGGCGCAUUGCCGGAAGAAGCCGACACUCAGCAAGCUCUGGUCAGCCAUCAACGGCGCCCUGCUGGAGAGACAGGACAUUGGCUACAGCUCUAUGCUGCGACUGGAGAAGCUUAAGGAGGAGCACACUUCGGAUACGCUGAUUGCCCUGGCACUGGCAGCGCACAUUCUGGCCAUUUACCUGAACAAAUGCACGACCUUCUUUGAGCAGUUGGAGAAGAGCCUGCCCUCAGCCUCCCGCAUGUCGAAUGCCGAGUGGGAGCUGCUCUGUGCGGCUCUGCUGAUGCGCCACAUCAGUCAGCUUCGCCAUCGAUCACUCACACACUGCCGCUCCUUUGUGCUGCCCGCAGAUCCGCAUGUAUUCUCGCCUCUCAACGAGUUCCAGCUGUGGGCAGCGCCCAUGCGGUUGCAGGAGGGCCAUCUGCAUCUGCUGGCCGGCGAGGUGGCGGUCGUGGCCUAUGCCGUCUAUCCAGAGACACUGAGUCUCUGUCGCCACAGUUGUUCCUCUACCAUCUGCAGCAAGUUCUCGGGCAGAAAGAUGACUGCCUUGGCCCUGCUGGAUCUGCCGGCGGGAUCGGGUAUCUAUAAUUGCUUUGCCAGCGGCAAUUACCAGCAGCUGCGGCAGGGCGAACGCAGCAAACAGCUCAAGGAACACGGCAUCAAGUGCCACUGCAACGCCUGCCAGCUUUCCUAUACGGAAGAUCAGUUCGACAAGUUCCAUCGCUACCGUUGUGAUAAUCCCAAGUGCAUGGAGAUCUUCACGCCUCAUGCCCUGCCGCAUGCCCCGAACCUUCGCUGGUGGCUGUCCGAGGAGUACACUCAACCGGAAUACAACGGAGCCGAGCUGAUUGUGUGUCCGCACUGUGGCGAGGCACAGAAACUGGAGUGGUUCUGGUCCUUCAAUACGUCCCUCAUCGACUGCGAGCUGAUCGAAGAGCGCUGCAAGCUCUAUGCCGCCAUUGAGCGGGCCGAGUGCCACCUGAUGGAGCUGCACGAAUGCAAGGUGGCGCUGGCCCGGCUCCUCCUAGAGCAGUGCCUGAUGGUGCAUCGUGAGGGGGCCACCGUCCUGGAUGACUGGGAGUUCAAUAAACUGGGAUCCAUUAUGCGCGCCGUGCUGCCCGGGGUGAUGGCCCAAUACGGCGGACAGUCGAUCGAGUAUGUGAAAUACUUUGCUUACUUCUGGGAUGUGAUGGCAUUGAGCAACUACAAGUGCAACGAUCGGGAAUUGAUGCAGAUGCUGAAUGCCCUGGAGUUCAUAGCCGAUGAAUUCAAGGAUAUAUUCAUCAACUACUACGAGGAUUACAUUGCGCCCAAAUUUGCUGAAGAGUCCUAUGGGAGUGUUGUAGAUACACAGGUCUAGAAAGCGAUCAAAAAACCAAAAACAACAAAAAAAGCAAACCAAAAACCAUAACUUAACUUAGAUCUAUUUUAUUCUGUAGAGCAAACCACAACAAAAAACACACACAAAACCAAACAAAAACAAAGCGAAACGAAACGAAAUGAAAUGAAAAACUUCUAGGAAAAUUCUACUGUUGAUUCAAACAAUACAAAUAUUAUAUAUACUUUGUGCUAUUAUUAAAAAAAUGGUGCUGAGAUAUUAAAUUGUACGAAACGAAUGUUACAUUCAUUUAGGUGAUUAAGUAAAUGAAGACAAACAAAUUGACGAAACGAAUCAAAGGAAAAAUCAUAUUUAGUAGAGAAAUCAUAUCAUGCACACCAUUAUGUUCAUAUCACACCA